CCGGGUCGGAGGUCAGUGCACGUGUGACAAUAUUUUGAGAAAGGCAAAAAUCGCUAUCAGAUUAUGCCCAAAUUGUAACAGUUAUACAGAAAAAGUCGCUUUAUACAGCUCAGUACCGUUGCGAGUGAUUUGGAUCUUUCCUAUCCAGUGUGAAGAAUGGCUGAUAAGAUGGAAAUUGUUCGUGUAGGCUCAAGAAAGAGCGAGCUGGCCAUGAUACAAACCAAUCAUGUAGUGGAAAUGUUGCAGAAAGUUCAUCCAGAGACUGAAUUCAAGAUAGUUACCAUGGAGACGAUAGGAGAUCACAUCCAGGACAAGCCCCUAGCUUCCAUCGGAGAAUCCAACCUCUUCACCAAAGAGCUAGAGAAGGCCCUCGCUCUAGAUGAAGUCGACAUGCUCGUUCAUUCCCUCAAGGACAUGCCGUCGAGGUUACCCUCCAACAUGGCCAUAGGAGCCAUUUGCGAGAGGGAGGAUCCACAUGAUGCUCUAGUUCUUCACAAAAAACUAACAGGAAUCAGCAUUGAGACAAUGAAAGAGGGCAGCGUGCUAGGAACAAGCUCCGUCCGGAGAGUAGCCCAGCUGAAGAGAAAAUUCCCCCAUCUUGUCUUCAAAGAUGUUAGAGGUAAUUUGAACACCAGGCUGAGGAAGCUGGAUGAAGGCCAGGUCUACGAUGGAUUGGUUCUGGCUGUGGCUGGUAUGAUGAGGAUGGGAUGGGAACACAGAAUAAGUCAGAUUCUAAAGCCAGACAUCUGCAAGUACUCCGUUAGCCAGGGGGCACUCGGCAUCGAGAUAAAGACAAAGAAUCGAAGGAUGCAUGAACUACUAAGACAACUCAACCACGUUCCGACCCUGAUCCGGUGCAUAGCAGAGAGGGGGCUGUUGAAGACUCUAGAGGGCGGGUGUAGUGCGCCUGUUGCUGUCCAUUCAGAACUAGAGGAAAAUAGGCUGACACUGAACGCAUCAGUACUAAGUCUGGAUGGAUCAGAAUUACGAGAGGAAGAGAAAUCAAUCACACUCCCUCAGGAAUUAACGCAAGAGCAUUCCCUCGACGCAGAAACCAAUGAAGAAAUGAAGCUCUUCUCCAGUGUUAUAGCACCAUGGGUAUCCCAGCAUGCAAUGCAGGAAGCAGAGGCUCUCGGUGUCAGCGUUGCCAAAGGUCUUUUUGACAAAGGAGCGGGACCAAUCUUAGAAGCAGCUAAGGAGGAGAUAGCGGAAAGGAGAAAGUGAAAUUGCAUCAUUCCUUGAAUCUACCUACAGAGUUCCAAUGACUCACCUUGAUGU